UCAAGGAAGGUGGAGAGUGUGAGAUGGGCUAAAGGCUGCUGGUGACUUCACAAAGAGCAUCCCCAGAAAAUCUGUGUUUUCAUCUCAGCCGGUGACCAUGAGGUGACGUCUCUGGUGGUGCCCGCAGGUAUGCUUUCCUUUAACCGCACUGGGGUCAGCCACACCGUCUUCUACUUGCUGGGCAUCCCUGGCCUUGAGGACCAGCACCUGUGGAUUUCCAUCCCCUUCUUCAUUUCCUACGUCACCGCCCUGCUUGGGAACAGCCUGCUCAUCUUCCUCAUUCUCACGAGGCGCAGCCUCCAUGAACCCAUGUUCCUGUUCCUGUGCAUGCUGGCCGGGGCCGACAUCGUGCUGUCCACCUGCACAGUCCCUCAGGCCCUGGCCAUCUUCUGGUUCCGUGCUGGGGAGAUCUCCCUGGAUCGCUGCAUCUCUCAGUUCUUCAUCAUACACUGCAUCUUCAUCUCUGAGUCAGGCCUCUUGCUGGUGAUGGCGUUUGACCGCUACGUUGCCAUAUGCUACCCUCUGAGAUACACCACUAUUCUGACACACACGCUGAUUGGGAAGAUCGGUGUUACCAUCUUUCUGAGAAGUUAUUGUACUAUUUUCCCCAUCGUAUUUCUUUUGAAAAGGCUGACAUUCUGCCGAAAUAAUGUCCUUCCACAUACCUAUUGUGAACACAUCGGCUUGGCCAAAUAUGCCUGUAAUGACAUUCGAGUGAACAUCUGGUAUGGACUCUUUGUCAUAGUGUCAACGGUGGUCUUAGACGUCCUGUUAAUUUUUGUGUCCUACAUGCUGAUUCUCCGUGCUGUCUUCCACAUGCCUUCCCAAGAUGCUCGUCACAAAGCUCUCAACACGUGUGGCUCCCAUGUCUGCAUCAUCAUCCUCUUUUAUGGGCCUGCCAUCUUCACCACCCUGACUCAGCGGUUUGGACGCCACAUCCCAGCUCAUAUCCACAUCUUGUUGGCCAAUGUCUGCGUGCUGGUUCCCCCGAUGCUGAAUCCCGUCAUUUAUGGGAUCAAGACCAAGGCAAUUCGAGAGCAGGUGGCUCACCUAUUUUUCCCGAAGCAGAAAUGACUUUGCAGGAGGCACAGGUUUCUGAGCAUCCAGCCCUCUGUGGUGUGGAUGAUAGAUGUCGCGUUGCAAUGCACAUUGUAAACUAACUACUAGAAACAGCUCAGCGAGUUUGGUUUCCGGACGAGGGUCCAGGGUAAUAAAUCUUAUUGACUUUCUGUCUUCCUGCCCUGGCUCAUGGUGUUUUAAUUUGCAGGCUCAGCCAUAGACCCUAAGAGUGUGGAGGAGGAUUUUUCCUGUCCUCUGGAUUCCACUGUAGUGACGAGGAACUUAACCUGAUGUUCUCAGGUGACUGUUUGAGAGUGUUAAGAGCUAGAUGUCAGGAUGUGAUUUAGGAUUUAGAAAGUGAAUGAUCCUGGUGUUGACUGUUAGGAUUUUGGUACGUGGUCUCAGACUGCAAUGAACUGGAUUCAACUUUUGGAUGCUGGCAGUGUUACCAGAGUGUCCAACAUUAAAGCCAAUAUGGUGAUCAGUUCCCACUGGCACACUUUCCAGUGCAGGGAAUUUCAAUGUGUGAGUUUUAUUAUAGCGUUUAUUCAAAGUAUUUGUUAAAAAGAGCAUAUGUGAGAUUUGAAUUCGUUAGGCUUCCAAAAUCUCACUUUUAAUCAAUUAUUUCACAAAUGUUUAUUGGAUGAAUCUAAGGCCUGGACAUUGUGCUAGGCACUAGGUAACACUGCAAGCUAAAGCACCUGCAGUACCCACCCUCGAGAUGUUUUAGUCUAAUGAGGAAGAUAAGAAUCAGCAUUUCACUCGCAUGUAUGCACUUCCAUGCGUGCUUUAGAUUUUCCUAGGAAAUGUUUGGGUUUGGGAGGGAGCCUGGAGUUUCUUGAUGGAAGUGAGUUUCAUCUGCAAUCAGAUAGCUGCAGAGACCAUUGAGAAUGUGUUUGUUGAUAAGGUUGAAUCAGGGAACUCUGAAGGGAGUGAACACAGCCCGUGAAUAGACACUGAGGCUAGAUAAAGCCUGGUACCUUCAAAGAAUGCAGUGAUCCCUAAUGUGCCUUUCUGACAGGUAGGAUGAGAACUCUUUCCAUUUUUCUCCAAACGAGGGGAGACCUGGCCAUUUGUAAGCAAGAGCCCUUCCUGAUGAUUUGUGUGUUUUGGGAGUGGUCUUCCUUUCUCUGUCUGCUCUGAGACCUAUGUUGCAUGGGGCAAAGCAGCAACAGAGGCUUGAGGGCCUGUCAGGCAGGUGAGGUUAUGGAGUGGAAGGCCUUUCCUUUGAGAGAUUUAAUCUGGAAGCACAUCAAACUGAACUUGAGCCUGAACUGUCCUGGUGUUGGCUCUGUUUUGUGUAACGUCUCUGGCUUUAGUGUUGCAAGCGUGGUUGUCAGUGUAGCUGCUUUGGCAUCCUCUGGAAGCCUGUUGGGAAUGUCCCGUCUUGGAUCCCCUUUGGUUUAAUGAAUCAGACAUUGCCUGUCAGGAAGAUUCUCAGGUUAUGUGAAUACAGGUGAAUUGAGUGACACUCCUUAAGGUGAUAGAUUCUUGACUUUUGUUGCAUGUUAAGUCCACCUGCUUCUUUGAGGAGCUCUUGAUAUCUAGUCCCACCAUCAGAGACCUAGAUGUAAUUUUUUCCUGAAUCAAAUGAGAUGCAGAUAUAAUAUUUCCCUGAAUCGAAUGAGUUUUUAAAGCUCUCCAGCCACUUGUGAUGUGCAGUGAUAUACCUAAGAAAUAAAGAUGGGACCUUGUAUUUUCAGAAACAUCUGCCUUUCAUAAGGUGGUUGUUGUCAGGCUUUUGUGGGCAUGCAAAUCACCUGGAGGGCUUUUGAUAACACAGAUUUGGGCUCCAUCCUCCAAUGUUUGUGAGUCAGUUGGUCUGGUGUCCCUAGUUUCAUUUUUCUCAACUUACUACUUUAUGCUGGUUUGGGGAUCUCACUUGGAGAAGCAGUGUUUCAGAGUGUAUAAUGAUUUAGGGAAGUUUGCAAUUAACAAUCAGCUUCCACAAGAGAAGCAUGAGAAAUAGUCUGUUGUUUCAUAGAUUUUUUUUCCCACUGCACUGUUAUGAAGUCAUAUGUUUAUCUAUCCUUUUUGUUUGUUAUUCCCUUUGUAGUUUCC